AUGAAAAAAUGCUUCCUCAUCGUUAUCCAUUUUUUAUUGGUUGAUAAAAUUAUAGAGAAAAGUAAUAAUCACAUUGUAGGAAUUAAAAGUGUAACUUUCAACGAACAUUUUUUUGUAGGGCAUUUCCCUGGCAACCCAGUCAUGCCAGGUGUAUUACAAAUAGAAGCAUUAGCACAAACAGGAGGUAUUUUAGCAUUAAUUUUAUCCCCAGACUCUGACCAAUAUGAUACCUAUUUAUUAAAAAUAGAUAGUUGUAAAUUUAAGCAAAUGGUAAAACCAGGAGAUACAAUGAUAUUAAAAUUAGAAUUAGCAUCCCCCAUUCGAAGAGGUUUAGUAGAAAUGAAAGGUACUAUUUAUGUGGGGAAUAAACUAUGCACUGAAGGCAUUUUAAUGGCUCAAUUAGUAAAAAGAAAAUAA